AUACAAGAGACACUAGAAAGGCACUGCCAGUGCCAUCUACAUACUAGUAAGAUCAAUCUAUGCGCCCGCUGCGUCUCCUCGAGUGCUCGUCCCGCUACCGAGCGUGACCGGCGAGCGCCAACCGCCAAGCCAAGAGAGAGACGAGUCAGUAGUCAGCGCUCAACCGAAUGCUGCACUACCGGCAGUACCGGCAUGCGCGGCUUACAAUCAUAAACUUAUAAAUAAACAACUGUAAAUGACUGUAAACAACACACGAGUCGAUGCUGAUUGGCCGAUGAGCACGCUUUUGCUUAUUCUAACCUAUAAUUUUUAAUUAUUAUCAGUUACCGCGGUCAUUAUUGAAAUCUCUUAAUUACAACGGUUUUUAAGUAUUAUCAAGAUGUUUGAAGCACACAGCAUCAACGCUGAGCACAAAGAUUUGAUUCAUGACAUAGCUUACGAUUUCUAUGGACAACGCAUGGCCACAUGUUCUAGUGAUCAGUUCGUCAAGGUUUGGGAUGAGGAUGAACAUGAAAAUUGGCAUUUGACUGCAUCGUGGAAAGCACACAGUGGAUCAGUUUGGAAGGUGACUUGGGCGCAUCCUGAAUUUGGCCAGGUGCUAGCUACUUGCUCGUUCGAUCGUACUGCAGCAGUAUGGGAAGAAAUUGUUGGGGAAAGCUCUGGACCAGGUGAACGAGGAAUGCGACACUGGAUUCGUAGAACUAAUUUAGUAGAUUCCAGAACAUCUGUAACUGAUGUUAAAUUUGCUCCAAAACAACUGGGCUUGCUGAUAGCAACUUGCAGUGCAGAUGGUGUUUUGAGAGUGUACGAAGCUCCAGAUGUCAUGAAUCUGAGUCAAUGGACAUUGCAACAUGACAUAAGCUGUAAGCUUCCUUGUAGCUGUUUAGCAUGGAACCCAUCUCCAUCAAGACUUCAUCCACCUAUGAUAGCUGUUGGCAGUGAUGACACUAAUAUAGCAAACGGAGGAAAAGUUUUUAUAUAUGAAUAUGCAGAAAAUGCAAGACGUUGGACAAAAACUGAAACCAUAGCUUCUGUUGCUGAUGCUGUCCACGAUAUAGCAUUUGCACCAAAUUUAGGAAGGAGUUAUCACACACUAGCUAUAGCCACAAAAGAUGUACGAAUUGUAUCACUAAAACCAUUGUCGGAAUCUGCCCAGAGUGGUUCACUGAGGUUUGAAAUAACGACUAUUGCACAAUUUGAUGAUCACUACUGUACAGUGUGGCGCGUUUGUUGGAAUAUUAUGGGUACAAUAUUAGCAAGUUCUGGAGAUGAUGGCUGUGUCAGGUUAUGGAAAGAUAAUUAUAUCAAUAACUGGAAAUGCGUUGCCGUGCUAAAAGGUGAUGGAACAUCGGCACAAAGUGCUGAAACUGUUAUGUCAACGCCUCCAAACUCAAGUCAUAGUUUAGGGACUCAACAGUCACUUUCUACGACAAGAUUUCUAAAUAUUCGUAUAAAUAUGAAAACAGAUGAUACUAUUAAUACAGCGAUGCAGCCAUGUAAAAUGCGAGCUCUCAUAAUCAAAGGACGGUUUAAUAAUUCAGUAAUGUUAGGAAGUCCAGUUGAAAAAUCUGCUGCAUUCUCAACUCUGACAUUAAUUGAACCAAAAUGUGAGACGUGACUCACAUGAUGAAAAUAGAAUUUGAAACAAUUUGCGAUAUUUUGGUCACAAGUUUU